UUCCUUUAGAGACAGAAAGAUGUCUAGCUCUGUGAUGUACUGGUUUAUAUACACUCUACUUUCCUUCACUUUUAUCAGUAGAUCCUUCCAGACAGCACCAAUCACGAAACGUAAAUUUCUUUUUCGACAUGCCCAUUUCGAUGGCAGACUUGUACAGAACUGGAGGGAUGUUCGUGCUACAUCCAGUGUGUGGGAAUGCGCUGAUAUUUGCGCUGCAGAUAGCAACUGUAUAUCAGUAUGCUUUAAGCCGACGUCACAAGAGUGCGUCAUCUAUGAGAGGAUGGUUUCAACCACAGAUGCCUUCACCCUAUUCCCUUCUGCAACUGUGUUUGCUCUCUGCCCAAGUGGAUACAGUGGUAUGGGAAGACGAUGCAUCAAGGUUGUCACUGAGAAGAUGGACAGGGACUCUGCCAGAGCACACUGUAGAGAUGACGGUGCAGAUUUGAUUAACCUUGGGAGUCAGGCGAGGAUUGAUGAAUUUCGGUACUUCAUGGAGGCGAAUGGAGAUGAACCUGACAAUAGCGUCUACUGGUGUGGAGCGUCACAUGUCAAUGGCCGGUGGCAGUGGAUCAGUGGAAUGACAUUCUCAUCCAACUCAGAUCUCUGGUGCCCCCAUGAACCAAGUAAUCUCUCUGAGGAGUGCACGGCCACUAAAGCCCCAGAGUUCAUCUGCCUGUAUGACUUUCACUGUUACACAGACCAAAAGUUUGUGUGCGAGAUUCAGUUCUGACUUCUAUCACGUUUUGUCGAGAACAACUUACUGAUCAAAAGACGCAUAAAUAUGUUACAUACAUUACAUGACAAUCAGGAGGUUCUGACUGAAAAGCUUUAGUCUAAUACUUUGGCCUUGAGGAUAAACUGUGAAAUUCUCCGGGUAAACACAUGUACCAGACUAAUGAAGCAUGUUGCCUUAUCCGUCAAAGCCGAAUGCCGUUAACCUAAAAUUUAAUCCAGUUAAUCGUCCGGAUUAAACAAUUACUGAUUUUUUGAAAAUAUUCUGUUUACUCUAUGCACACAACAGAAAAAAUGUACAUGGCAUAGCGAAUACAGUAAUUUUGUUGUAACUGUCGUAAAAUAAAAUGGUGGUAAUUUGAUGUUCAUCUCACUUAUUACGUCUAGCUUACAUUAUUGGGAAUAAUGGUGUUUUAGUUUUAAGAUCAAUCAAAGAGUAAAUGUAACAGAUAAUCGAACUUCAUGAAUAGUUCAAGUUCGAGUUUGCUAUAUAUUUGUCAGUUUAUACUCAUCAUGUCUCGCUCGAUGUGGUGUAAUUUAGCUAUGGUGUUUGACGUACUCAGAUUGGAAAUUAUGCUUUUACUCAUAGAGAACUGUGUACCCUUCAAUAAAGUGAAACAAUACACUGUAGUCAUGAUACAAGGUAUCUUAUAAACUUUUCUGUAGUUUUCCUUUACACAGUUCUAAUGACCACAUCUUCAAACGAUGCGUCAUGCAAUCACAUACGCAUCAUAUAUUGACAAAAUAGUUGGCACGAUUUUUGAGCUUGAAACACAUAUUCGGCCAAGCAGUUUAAUAGCAUAUUUAGUUCUUGAUAACAUUAAUUGCAGUACGACUCGAAAUGCGGAUGAUGAGAACAAACAUGAGUAAUACAUUCAUACCAGCUAGUACCAGAUUGUGAAAUACGUUUUGUGAUGCAUAAUUGUUGAGCAUUUAUUCGCUGGUGCCAUAUUUAAUGUUUAUAAAGUUUGUGAUGUUAUUUGUAUAUGUGUUUAUCAAUAAGCUUAGACCAUGUGCUGAUGUUACUCAAAUUUCCCUUGGGAUAAUGAAGUAUUAUCUUAUCACUACAUGGACACUAUACAUAUUGCUUUCUGUGCAAAUAAUUAGUAAAACUUUAUUAUGCACUAUGGUAUUUCAAGACAACAGCACCAUACGUCAUCAGAAUGCAUAAAGACUCGAUAUGGAAAAAAUAAUUUCAUACUUAAAAGUUAACUCUGGUUCUUUUAUGCCGAUUUGCUGAAUGGAUAGUCACGUGAUCUGAUACUUGGAGUUUACACACCUGUGGAAGGAUACAGAACGUACACGAUGUCAUAUAUAAAUCCGCACUUCAACGUUGACCUCGCCUCAGUGCAUCGAGUCAUGUUUAUAUUUUUUUUCACUUUCCUGGUCGUAUUCUGUUACCUAUUUUUUUAGAUUUGAUUAAUCCCAAAUAUUGUUUGUCUAUUUGUUCAGAGAAUAAAAUUAUGCUUAUGUUGA